CGAUGGCUCGGCUCCGCCGCCGCCACCCCAGUGGCUCCCGGGGGCCCAGCCCUCUCCCUCUCCUCCCCGAGGCGGCCGGCGGGCGGCUGCUGGCCCGGCGCUGGGUCCUUCGCCCCGCUCCCCUCCCCUCCCCCGCCCCGCGGCCCCGCCCUCGUGGCCGGGCGGCGGGUCGGGGCCGGCGGAGCGGGUUAUCAUUUAGUAUGGAAGAAGAUGAAUUUUUUGGAGAAAAAACAUUCCAGCAUUAUUGUGCAGAAUUCAUCAAACAUUCACAGCAGAUAGGUGAUGGUUGGGAAUGGAGAACUUCAAAGGACUGUUCUGAUGGAUAUAUGUGCAAAAUACAUUUUCAAAUAAAAAAUGGGACAGUGGUGUCACAACCAGGGACAUCUGCCCAUGCACAGACGUGUCUUCUUAUGGAGGAGGCUUUAGAGUUACCCCUUGAUGAUUCUGAAGUGACUGAGGCCACAGCAGCAACCGAAGUGAUUAAAUAUGAGUAUCAUGUCUUGUAUUCCUGUAGCUACCAAGUGCCUGUGCUUUACUUUAGGGCAAGCUUUUUAGAUGGGAGACCCUUACCUCUGAAGGACAUCUGGGAAGGAGUCCACGAGUGCUAUAAGGCACGGCUGCAGCAGGGACCCUGGGACACCAUCACCCAACAGGAGCAUCCCAUACUUGGGCAACCUUUUUUUGUACUCCAUCCUUGCAAGACGAAUGAAUUUAUGACUCCCGUAUUAAAGAAUUCUCGAAAAAUCAAUAGGAAUGUCAACUACAUCACAUCUUGGCUGAGCAUUGUUGGGCCAGUUGUUGGGCUGAAUCUACCUCUGAGUUAUGCCAGAGCAGCCUCUCAGAAUGAAUGAAAUGUCGACUGGAAAGAUUCUUCUGUUGAGCCGAAGAGCUUAGCGAUUAAUUGCAGCAUAAAGAAUGCGGGAAGUUUAUGGCUGACCCUGGUUUUAAUGGGACCAAUGCCAUGAGUUUUCAGCUCGCCAAGAUUUUGACAUGGAUUAUUUUUUUCCCUUGGAAGCAAAUAUCUGCAGCAACUGAUAUAUCAUAUAUAUAAAAGAAACACCCCAAAGACACAAAUCAAUAUAAAGAGAAAAAAAAAAAAACAAAAAACCACGAAUCUAACUCGAUAAUAGAAAUGCUGACAUCAUUCAGGCAUUUUCAAGUCAUUCUCUCAUGUCUGAGACUUGCUUUCUUCACCUUUAGUGUGAGAAUAACAAGCUACCUCAAUAGGGUUGUGUGAGAGCCACGUGAGAUCAUUAAUAAAUGGAAAAACAUUGUAA